AUGAGAAAGGUGAAAGAUAUAUUGUUGAAUAUCCUAGGGUAUAUCCCUGUAUUUUACUUCCUCGUGGUAUUAUACGGUAAUGGUGAAUAUGCUGGUCCAUAUGGUGAAGUUGAUAAACGACUUCUCCUGUUAUAUCAAAUUAUGCACAUUGCUGAUUGCACUGCUGCUGACGGUGGAUAUACAUUAUUUUUAAACAAGUUUAAAGAAAUUAGCUCAAACGAAGGGUUUGAUUUUUCGGAUAGAAACUAUAGUCCACCUGUUAGAAAGAAAUCGGGUAUCAAUCUAACCUCUACUGAGCUUAUCUAUAAUACUAAGUUUGUUGCAUUUAGAUCUGGUAAUGAGGCUUUGUUCUCUGUGCUGGCUUCGAAGUUUGAUAGGUUUAAUAAUAAUAAAGCAGCUUUACAGAUAUCGAGAAUCGAAACGUACAAUCAUCAAUAUAAGGUGUCUAUUUUGCUUUACAAUAUUUGGAGGUUCGUAGAAACGUUUCAAGUGGAGGUACAGCCACACCAUAUGUUAGGGCAUAAUGAUGACUUUGAGUUUCCAACAAGGGUAAAUAGAAUUAACUAUGUAUUCUUGAACGAAGCCAAGAAUGAUCAAAAAUAUAACGAGAUGAUACAUCUUCAAGAAUAA